CCUCUCUGUCAACUGUCAAUAAACGCGAAUGUCACUGAAUUGCACUGUUCUGUAGUCUUAUUUGUAUUUGCAUGAAGAAUUCUGUUUUCUGAAAUCAAAUAAGGAAAAAACAUGGCUUAUUUAACUCAGCCGGAUUAUGUGAAGUAUAUAUGUUCUUGUGGACAGUUGAAACCUAUCACGAGUCUUUAUUUUUGCAGACAUUGCUUAAAAAUACGUUGCGGUUUCUGCAUUUGUCAUGAGGUGGACUCCCACUACUGUGCUAACUGUCUGGAGAACAUGCCAUCCUCCGAGGCUCGCCUUAAGAAAAACCGCUGCAGCAGCUGCUUUGAUUGCCCCAGCUGCUUCCACACUCUGUCCACAAGGGCCACCACACAGCAGCGGCAGGUGCUGCAGGACCCCGCCGCUGGUGGGGACACCAAGGUUGAGAGCAAGCAACCCAAGAAGAUGUAUUACUUGUCCUGCUUUAACUGUAGAUGGACUUCCAGGGAUGUUGGUAUUCCAGAUCAGCCUGUUGCAUCAGGAGGUUGGCCAGAAAGGACCAACCCCCAUGCUGCCCGGGUGAACCAGCUCAUAGACUACUACAAAGCAAUAGCACAACAGGAGAAACAAGAGAAAAUUGAGAGGGAGAGGAAGAAGUUCAAUAUUAGAGGGAAAUACAUCACUCUAACUGAUAAGACUGGUCUAACCGGCGCCAUGGCACGCAACAUCGCGGGUCUGCCGUCGAGCGAGAGCUCGUCCUCCGCCAUCGCGAACUUCGUGCCGAGCGUGGCGACCGCCGAGGUAGACGAACUGCCGGAAGAUAUAUUCACCAAGGAGGUCAACUUGAAUCAGAUAACAAGCAUGCCGCAGCGGCUGGCCUCCCCCGACUGGCAGCCGGUGUCGGUGUCCCGCCUGCACCCGCUCGCCAAGCUGCUCAGCGUCAAGCGCAGUCAGCGCUGCCGCGCCUGCGACCACAACCUCACCAAGCCCGAGUACAACCCCGGAUCCAUCAAGUUUAAGAUUGAACUGCUUGCUUACUACCACGUACCCGAAGUGAAGAUAAUCUCCCACGAGCCGGUCAAGCCUGGUGAGAAAACAGCUCUAUUCCUGAAGCUGACGAACCCGACGGGACACGAGAUGCAGCUGCGACUGCUGCAGCCCGAGGACAUCCCGCCGCCGGAGGAGAAGGAGGAACCCAAGAGCAUCGACAAGUCACUGGAGAGGUCACUGGUCUUGGAAAAGGACACGACGGCGUUUAAGGCGAUAGAGCGCCAGCCGAACAUCUCAGCCACGAGUCGUGUGACGUCACCCGGCGUCACGCUGACGCUGGCGCAGCGCGACGACGCUGCAGAGUACGAUGAUGAUGCCCAGCAUGAUACCAACGACAUAAUCUUAUGGCGCAAGUCUAACAAGCUGGGCGUGAGGCUGGAGCUGGACACGAGCGCGGAGGCCGUGGGCGGCAGCCCGGCCAGAGCCCUGGUCGCGCUGCAGUACUCGUACCGCAACACGGUCCCGCCCGCGCCCAGCGCCGCCGCCUGCCGCGACCACACGCUCUACACCACCCUGCUGCUCGACCUGGGCACCGUCAGCUCCAACUAGUCGCUACUCACGGUGCUAUAGCCUAGCUCAUCAACUCCUAUUAAUCAAUGUACUCAUUUCACACGCAAAUCAAUGCAAUGUUACUGAAGUUUCGCAUUUGACUAAUUAAUAAGGAAAACAGUUGUUAAUAAUAUGCCGGGGGUGUAAUUCUUUAUUUCAGAUGAAUAAAGGACGUUCAUUUCCUGACAGGUAAACCGAGAGAUUACUGAAAGUAAAUGAAGUUAAAUAAGACCAACACAAAACUUUUUGUUAUCAAAUAUUGUUGUUGCUUUUGAAUACACGAGAACAAUACCGCGACGUUAAAACUAGACUUCCUUAUCAGCCAACUGCGUAACCUUCUAUACCAACACUUGUCUAGUCUAAGAAAAAGAAACAUAGUGUUAUGAGUAAGUGAUGAAGCAUAAUAUAAUCAAUAAAUUUAACUUAAUUACUGAAGUUAUAAUGAGAUUACUGUUGUUGGUUGUGUUGAUAAGUUUUAUCAAUUUUAUAACAUGAAA